AUGAGGCAGCCAGUUUCCUUUCUCGUCGCUAUAACUACCAUUGCUGUCAUCUUGUCUACCGCCAGAGCAAGCAUUGGUGGAUGGGAGCCGAUAAAGAACUUGAAGGAUGAGCACGUCGAAAAGAUCGCUGAGUAUGCAGUGCAGACUAACAAUAUGAUAUCUAAUGCUUUCCCGGUACAACUCCUGAAAGUGCAGAAAGGACAAAUCCAAUAUGUAGCUGGCAGGAACUACAAGCUCAUCGUGGUGGCGGUUACACCGGAAGAGGGCAACGUGGUACAACUAUACGAAACCGUGGUCCACGAGAGUAUUUUUAAUGAAAAGAAACUAGGAUUUUUUUAG